AUGAAUUCCAGCCAAACUAUCCCCACAACGGGGCCUUUGUCCAAGACGGACUCGGCCAUGUUGGAGGUUCUAGUCCCCGGCUAUGGCUUUAUAUCGCGCAUGUUGGUAUCUUACCUUAAUUUUGAUGUCAGCUCUUACCUGCAACUCCUGGUCAGCCUUGCUGUCUUUGGCGCAACUGCUCGAUACUUUGUAUUCGCCAUUUGGGCGAACUUCAAUGAGCUGUUUGUGUCAAGAGCCGAAAUUCGCCUCGACGAUGAGGCAUUCCAUUAUCUGAUGUUCUGGAUCUCACGUCAGCCGCAUAUGAGAAAUACAAAUCGAUUCGUCGCAGGCAUCAAAACCAAUAGUUACUGGAGCGAGAGUAUAACAGAUGAAGAGGAGCUCGACAGAGAAGAAGAAGCCGAGGGUGAGACUGUCGAUGGCGAGAAGAACGAUUCUUUCGAUUCAUACUGGGCCAGGGUCACCACCCGGGACAAGUACAAGAAGAUGCAAUUUACUCCCGCGGAAGGCUGCCACUACUUCUGGUACAAGAACCGACCGCUCAUGCUCGAGCGCGAACACCGAGACGGGGGUUUGUGGUAUGUAAUGAACAACGAGCGGAUAUUCAUAUCGUGUCUCGGUCGGAAUCCUGCGAUCUUGAAGUCGCUGCUAGCGGAGGCACAACAGGCCUAUGUUGAGCGCGACAGGAACCGCACGGUAAUCUACCGCGGCUCGCGGAUUUCCGCCGGCCAAGCCUUCAGCUGGCAUCGGUGUAUGGCCCGGUUAGCGCGUCCUCUUUCUACCGUUAUUCUCGAUCAAGAACAGAAGCAUGACUUCCUUGAUGAUAUCAAAGAAUACCUGCACCCUCGCACGCGCCGCUGGUACAACAACCGUGGAAUCCCAUAUCGGCGUGGAUACCUUUUACACGGUCCCCCAGGGACUGGCAAGACGAGUCUGUGCUUUGCAGCGGCCGGACUGCUUGGAUUGAAGCUCUACCUGUUGGAUCUGAAUUCCACGGCCUUGGAAGAGGAGAGUCUGUCGUUAUUGUUCUCGGAACUACCACGCCGAUGCAUUAUCCUACUUGAAGAUAUCGACUCAGCAGGCAUUACAAAGGCUCGGGCCGCAAAAUCUGCGCCUACAUCUACUUCGGAUAACCCCGUGGAUCUUGUUAUCAAGGAAUCUGGCGUGGAAGCGGAUGGCACAGCUGCCAAAGACGACACGAAGAAGAAGGGCGGAAUCACGCUCUCCGGACUUCUGAACGUGAUUGAUGGUGUUGCCGCCAGUGAAGGCCGUAUCCUCAUUAUGACUACAAACCACAUCGACAGGCUGGACCCGGCUCUUCUCCGUCCCGGGCGUGUGGACAUGAAGAUCAGCUUCGGGUACACAAGCGAAGCAGAUAUCAAGGAGCUUUUUAUCUCGAUUUACGGGGCUAUGAAUAACGACAUUGCCCAUAUCGCAGCGCCAAGAACCCACAUCAAUGGUAUCAAUGGGCUAGUCAAGUUGCCAUCAACUCCUAUUGUUGGUAACAUCGCCAAGGUAGAGAGCGAGAUUAUCCAAAACUCCGACAAGAGUAAUGGGGGAGUGAAAACGGCCAAAGAAAAAGAUCCUCGAUCUCGUAUCACUGACUUGGCGUCUGAGUUUGCUGCUGUUGUUCCGAGUGGUGAGCUUACCGCUGCGGAGAUCCAAGGAUAUCUUCUCAACCACAAGGAGACACCCGAGGUAGCGAUUCAGGGUGCAGCGGAGUGGGUGCAAGAGGUACGGGAUAAGAGGCGUGUCAGUGAAGUACAGCUAGAGGACGAGGCAAAGGAAGAUGAAAAGUAA